AAUUACUUGAUUAUAAAUAUUCGAUACAAAUAUUUUAAUUUGCUAGGAUCUUUGAACUUAGGACACAGCACUGUAGUUAAAUUUAGAUCAGUGAGACUAGACACUGUUUUAAGUUUAAAGUUAGCUCAGACAUAGCCCAGUUAGGGCUCCUAGGUGAGCCACAGAAUUCAUUCGAAUGGAGUCAAUCACAUUUGACUAGGAUUUUGAUUUAAAAUCUGUAUAAAAAAAAUGCCAUCAUCGAGUGGAAAUAAAGAGUCCGACGACAGUCAGACAUGGGAGUUAGCAGAACGGUGUUUACUACCCAUUGCAUUUUCACAUGCAAUUGCAGUCAUCCUGGCAACUAUAUUGAAUACUUUUGGGAUUUCACAAACAUCUAGCUUUGUGCUCUUCUUGUUGCUAUUAGUUAUAUCUAUAGGAUCUACAUUGUUCUACCAUAAUCUAAAGGUUACUACAGCAGGAAAGGCAGUGCUAAUCACAGGUUGCGAUUCGCGAGUCGGAUAUGCUUUAGCUAAACAGCUGGAUGACUUGGGCUUUACUGUAUUUGCUGGAUUCACUAAUAAAGCUGACAAUGAAGAGAUCAUGCAAAAAUUGAAACAUGAUGCUUCCGGAAGAUUGCACGCAUUACAAUUGGAUGUUACCAACGAAUGUGAUAUACAUUCAACUUUCCUUUAUGUCAAUGAAAACUUGCCCGAUGGAGCUCCUGGAUUAUGGGCACUCGUGCAUGCUGCUGCCUGGGUAACUCUUGGAGAAUGCGAGUGGGUGCCCCCAUCUGUUCUCAAGCGAAGCAUAGAUAUCAACUUCAUUGGCCUAGCACGUUUAACUCAGGUAUUUCUACCCUUGGUCAGGAGGUCGAAGGGUCGAAUUGUUCUUGUUAGCAGCCUCUUGGCACGGAUACCGAGCCCUGUUCGAGGCAUUUAUUGCGCGCUUAAGGCCGCUAUAGAAGCUUGGGGCUCUUGCUUAAGAUUGGAGAUGCGGAGAUGGGGUGUGGAUGUUGUAAUUGUCGAAACUGGAGAAUACGUGUCUGGUAAUGCAUGGCUAAAGGACAAUACUGCAUUGUUAGAGCAGGCUAGAGAUAUGUGGACUCAAUUGGAUCCCCAAACUCGUAAGGAAUAUGGUCAAGAGUUGUUUCAGGCGGAAAUGUUGGCUUUAGAAAAGUACACUCAGGGACCAGAAGCAGAUUUAACCGCUGUUACGAGAACCCUAACGGAUGCUGUGGUAAAGACUUUCCCGAUGCGACGGUAUACACCUGUAACGCGCAGUGAAAGAAUGCAAGCAUUGUGUAAUCAUUAUCUGCCAAAACCAAUUUAUGACAUAUUGUAUGAAAAUUAAAUAUAUCUCCUGCGCAAUAUAUAUAUAUAUAUAUAUAUUGACAAACCAAUGCUCAGAAAGAAUACAAUUGGAAAGAGAUACUUCUUGAGAAUAAAUGACACUAUAACAAUAAGUCUUACAUAAAACAGAAAAAAGGCAAAAACUUUUAUAGCAGAUUAUAUAAUUGUCCAAAACACUGCCUAUGUAAAAUAGCUGCAGCGAAACACUGUGCAAAUUUAAUAAAGUUAAUAAAUAUAUAAAAUUACAAAAUUUAUAC